CAAAAGAAGGGGAGCCCCAGGAAUAGUGUGUGACCAGUGAGUACAGAGAGCAGGAUUGCUAUUUUGGGAAGAAUAUUAAAGGUGUGAGCUUCGCUGGUGGUGUGUGAGGAGUUUUCCUUUUGAUGGCACCAUGGAACAACUUGUGGGCUGGCAGGGCCGCCAUUGCCGGCAGCAAUGCCUACCGCGACAUGCCGGUCAUUGUCAAGAUGGAGAACCCCAACUGGUCUAUUUCAGAGAUUAACGGUGGCAGUGACAACGGCGAGGACUUCUUGGCCCGAGUAGGCGGGCAAAGGCGAAGAGUGAAGAACACGAAGCAGAUCACAUGGGUGUUUCGUCUCAAGGCCCACCGUGCCGCUGGUUGCCUAGCGUGGCUCACAUCCGCCGUGGUUGCGCUGGGCGACGCUGCACGCCGCCGUGUUGUGGCCGGCCGGACGGACUCUGACGCCACUGAUGGGGAAUGUGAGGAUGUGGCGGAACGGGCUCCCACUUCGAGGCGGUCUCGGUUCUACACGCUUAUCAAGGCUUGCCUCAUGAUGUCCAUAUUUCUCCUUGUUGUCGAGCUCGCCGCCUACUCCAACGGCAAGGGGAACCUCGUUGUCUUCAUCAAUUCUUUCAAUGCGUCGUGGAUACGCUUUCGUGCCGCCUACGUUGCCCCACCGCUCCAGCUCCUCGCCGAUGCAUGUGUGGUGCUCUUCCUAGUCCAGAGUGUCGACCGCCUCUUCCAGAGCCUCGGUUGCUUCUACAUUCUCAUCAAACGCAUCAAGCCUAAGCCUCUCUCUCCAGCACUGUCUGAUGCAGAGGACCCCAAUGUCGGCUAUUACCCCAUGGUGCUCGUACAAAUACCAAUGUGCAAUGAGAAAGAGGUGUAUCAGCAGUCGAUUGCAGCAGUCUGCAAUUUAGAUUGGCCGAGGUCCAACUUUCUUGUGCAGGUGCUGGACGACUCCGAUGACGUGGCAACGCAGGCAUUGAUCAAAGAUGAGGUGGAGAAGUGGAGGCACAGUGGUGCACACAUUGUGUACCGACAUCGUGUCCUUAGGGAGGGCUACAAGGCAGGUAACCUCAAGUCGGCGAUGAGUUGCAGUUAUGUGAAGGACUACGAGUAUGUCGCCAUCUUUGAUGCCGACUUCCAGCCAUACCCCGAUUUCUUGAAGCGCACUGUGCCGCAUUUUAAGGACAACGAGGAUCUGGGUCUUGUCCAAGCCAGAUGGUCAUUUGUGAACAAAGAUGAGAACCUAUUGACACGGUUGCAGAACAUUAACCUAUGCUUCCACUUUGAGGUGGAGCAACAGGUGAAUGGUGUGUUCAUCAACUUCUUUGGGUUCAAUGGCACAGCUGGGGUGUGGAGGAUCAAGGCUGUGGAGGACUCAGGAGGGUGGAUGGAACGAACAACGGUGGAAGACAUGGACAUUGCUGUUCGUGCACACCUAAAGGGCUGGAAGUUUGUCUUUCUGAAUGAUGUUGAGUGCCAAUGCGAAUUACCAGAGUCAUACGAGGCUUACCGCAAGCAACAACACCGGUGGCAUUCGGGGCCGAUGCAAUUGUUUAGGCUAUGCUUGCCAGAUAUCAUUAGAUGCAAGAUUGUCUUCUGGAAGAAGGCCAACCUAAUAUUCCUUUUCUUCUUGCUACGCAAGCUCAUCUUGCCUUUUUAUUCCUUCACACUCUUCUGCAUUAUCCUCCCAAUGACAAUGUUUGUGCCUGAAGCUGAGCUUCCCAAUUGGGUCGUCUGUUACAUCCCAGUGUUAAUGUCAUUCCUAAACAUUGUCCCUACACCGAAAUCGUUCCCGUUUAUCAUCCCAUACCUGCUCUUCGAGAACACCAUGUCUGUUACCAAGUUCAAUGCCAUGAUCUCUGGACUGUUCCAGCUAGGAAGUACAUAUGAGUGGGUCGUCACCAAGAAGUCUGGUCGAUCAUUGGAGGGUGAUCUCAUUUCCUUGGCGCCCAAGGGGUUGGAGCAACUAAAAUAUCGCUCAGUGCCAGCCAUCAACCUAGCAAUCAAGGAGCAAUCGAAGGCCAAAAAGGAAUCCAAGAAGUACAACCGAAUAUAUAAGAAGGAGCUUGCCAUGUCACUACUCCUCCUGUCCGCCGCCGCUCGCAGCUUACUAUCAAAGCAAGGGAUUCACUUCUAUUUCCUGUUGUUCCAAGGCAUCUCCUUUUUGCUUGUGGGACUCGAUCUCAUAGGUCAGGACAUCAAAUAAAUCAACCAUAGCAUGGACAUAGAAAGUAAUUUGUCACUAAACUUGCAAUAUGUGGGGUCAUGGAUGUUGUUGUACCUUCCAUCGACAGAGGGGUGUAGGAGCUAGGACCCCGAAGCGAACAUGCGGCAUGGUAGUCAAAGGAUUUUUACAACAGUGUAUGUAUGUCAUGUGUAGAUAUAUAUUAGAUCAGUCAUCUUGUUGAUUUGUGAAUCUGCCUAACUGGUUCUGGUCAAUCACAUUCUUUUGUAACAUGUUGUUCUAGAUGAUGUUCAGGUUAGAAUUAUAUCAUAGUUCUAAAUCCCCCACAGAAAUGAUUUCCCGACCUUGUUUCAGUUGUA